AUGCUAUACAAACAAAAUCACAAUGGAGUGGAGGCCUCUGUGGAUGGUGUCUUGGGAGGGUACGGGCACGUCGACGACGGCGACGUCAAGGGAAGCGAGGCCUUUCUUAAACCCCUCUUGCUCGACCGCUUUGGAAGCGGCGCACGCCAUCCUGUGGCUCUUGAUUGUGGUUCUGGCAUCGGAAGGGUCACCAAGAAUCUUCUUUUGAGAUAUUUUAAUGAGGUUGACCUUGUUGAGCCAGUAUCACAUUUUCUUGAAGCUGCUCGUGAGAAGUUAGCUACUGAUAAAGAUAAUUCUGAUCACAAAGCUAUCAAUUUUUAUUGUGUCCCUCUACAGGAAUUCACUCCAGAAGUUGGAAGAUAUGAUGUUAUAUGGAUCCAAUGGUGUAUAGGACAACUCACAGAUGAUGACUUUCUCUUGUUUUUCAAGAGAGCAAAGGUUGGCCUUAAACCAAAUGGAUUUUUUGUAGUGAAGGAGAACACUGCAAGAAGCGGAUUUGUGUUAGAUAAGGAGGACAACAGCAUCACAAGAUCUGAUUCAUACUUCAAAGAGCUUUUCAAGCAGUGUGGACUUCAUCUUUAUCGCUCAAAGGAUCAGAAGGGAUUUCCUGAAGAGUUAUUUCCCGUUAAGAUGUAUGCACUGGUAACUGAUAGGCGACGAGGUUCCAACAAUGGCGGAGGCAAGACUCGACAACACAAGCCUGCUGUCAUCAAGUCAUGAAAUCUCUCGAGGACCCGUCACCAAUACCUGGAUGCGAUCUUGCUCGUUUUUCUUUAGUUUUUGUCGUCUCUAAGAGAAUGGAUUACCUUUUCAUGUGUUGUCAUGUUGUAGAACAUCACGGUUAUCAUCUCUAUCUUCUCACCAUGAUUUGUACUAAUACAAACGAAGGCAUAAAGAACAUAGGGAAUUCAAGCCCAGACGAUGACACCACUUCAGUCAUUUGGUUGGAUUUUACAGUGCAUCUU